GGCGGGGUCCGCUGCCCCACGAGCUCGGCGGCGGGUGGGGGCUCUCUCCUCCUCCCGCUGCCAUGGUGACGAUCCCCCUCCAUCUCCCUUCUCGAUGGAGUUCUUAGCUUCCUCCUCCCGGUCCCUUGAUCACUGGCUCGGGUUUAAACGCAGCGCGGGGUCCAACCCCCUGCAGCAGUGAGGAGCGCUAGCUCAGCGCAGGACGACCUGGCCAGGACCCGGGUGCCAGUGUAUCACCCAGAGGGAGAGGCUGCCUGGAGGAGGGGACGCUGGCUGGUCAAGGCGGAAGGGCGGACGGAGAAGCCGAGAAGGCCCUGUGUCUCACACCCUGGCUAUGUGUAGCUCUGAGGAAGCAGACCUGCUUCGGCUGGAGGAGGUCUUCUCAACUACCCUUGCCCGCACCAACAGCCUCAUUCUCCAGCCCCUGCUCUUGGCUGACCCGGAACCCUCAGACUCCUGUGGCAGAGAGUGCUUUCGGCUUCUGCAGCAGCUACAUGAGAGUACCCAGCGGUUGUGGGAGGUGACGGACCAGAGCCUACAUUCACUUCGGCAGAGGCUACACGACCCACCCUCCGUGGGUCUGGAAACCUUGCUGUUACUGAACAACGCUGACUAUGUCCUGCAGGCCCACGUGGAGUACAUCAAGUCCUAUACUGACUGUGUGGUGGCGCAGGCCUUUCAGAGUGUCUCAAAGAGGAGGAGUGAGUACUGGAGGAGCCAGAGGAAGAAGCUGCGGCAGCUGCUGUCCUGGGUGAGCUCUGAGGGCUCGGUGGGCCCCAUGCUGUGCCAGGCCCUCAGCCAGCCACUCACCCAGCACGUGCAGAAAUACGUGGUCCUCCUGCUGAGCCUCAGGGACACCCUUGACAAGCACCACCCAGCCCAGGAGCUGGUGAUGCAUGCAGUCACCCUGUUUGGGGACCUGCAGUCCUUCAUGAAGCAGGCCUUGGACCAGGCUGUGGCCACACAGGCCCUGUGGCACAACCUCAGCAGCCGGGUGAGGGAUGUGCUCUGUACCCCUGCUCACCGACUCCUACAGGAUAGCCAGGACAUCCCUGUGGUGGUCACCCCGCUGCGGGCUGAGCGGGUGCUGCUCUUUGAUGAUGCCCUUGUCCUGCUACAGGGCCACAAUAUCCACACUUUUGACCUGAAGUUGGUGUGGGUAGAUCCUGGCCAAGACAAGUGCGUGCUGCGCAUCCUCACACCCGAAGAAGAGUUCUCCUUUCAGGCCAGAGACCCCCAGGGCCAGGUUGUCUGGCAGUGGAAAGUGACCCAGGCUGUGUGCCAGGCCCUGUGUGGCAAGAAGGACUUCCCUUUGCUGGGGUCAGACCGGGAGUCGCCUGUACCCCCCGACUGCCGCUGUGUGGCCUAUACUUUCCGCCAUGAGGGCCGGCUCUACCAGGCUACCUAUGAGGGCAAUUGGUGUCGGGCCAAGCCCCAUGGCAAGGGAACUCUGAAGUGGCCGGAUGGGCGGAACCAUGUGGGGGAUUUCUGCCGGGGCCUAGAGCACGGCUUUGGCAUCUGCCUGGUGCCCCAGGCCUCUGAGGACAAGUUUGACUGUUACAAGUGUCACUGGCGGGAAGGCAGCAUGUGUGGCUAUGGCAUCUGUGAGUACGGCACUGACAGGGUGUACAAGGGCUAUUUUCAGGCUGGCCUUCGGCAUGGAUUUGGUGUCCUUGAGAGUACCCCACAGGCCUCCCAGCCCUUCAAGUACACGGGCCACUGGGAGAGAGGCCAGAGGAGCGGCUAUGGCAUUGAGGACGACAGUGAGAGGGGCGAGCGCUACAUCGGCAUGUGGCAGGCUGACCAGCGUCACGGCCCUGGAGUCUUGGUCACCCAGGCAGGCGUCUGCUAUCAAGGCACAUUCCAAGGGGACAAGAUGGCCGGCCCGGGCAUCCUGCUGUGGGAGGAUGACUCUCUGCACGAGGGUACUUUCACCAGGGACCUAGCACUCCUAGGGAAGGGUAAGGUCACCUUCCCCAAUGGCUUCACCUUGGAUGGUUCCUUCAGCAGUGGGACAGAUAAAGGACUGUACACACAGGGAGUGCUGGACACAGCGGCCCUCCCGCUCGACCUAGCCAGCACGCGCAAGAGACAGCUGGGGCUGGGCGCCUUCCCCGUGGAGAGCCGCUGGCAGGGAGUCUACAGGCCCUUCCAGGACUUUGUGCGUUCCGGCUGCCCUGGGGACCUGCAGGAAGCCCUGCUGGGCUUCCAUGUGCAGAGCUCCAGGGAACUCCGGGAGUCCCAGGAGUACCUGUGCUGUGAGAGGAGCCACCCCAAGGACUGUGCGGGCAGCAUGGAGGACAUCCUGAAGGAGCUGCUGCAGCACCGCGCACCCCAGGCCCUGCAGCAGUACCUCAGGAAGGCUCUGAGCAAUUCCCGACACCCCCUGGGGAAGUUACUCCGCACCCUGAUGCUGACCUUCCAGGCCACGUAUUCAGGCAUAGGAGCCAACAAACACCUACAGGGGAUGGCUCAGGAGGAGGUGAAGCAACAUGGCCAGGAGCUUUGGGCUGCCUACAGGGGUCUACUGAAGGUUGCCUUACAGCGCCAGGGCCAGACCCUGGAGGAGGAGGACAUGGAGACAAGGGACCUGCAGGUGCACAGGCUGCUCUUGCCCCUCAUCCUGCCCAGCUUCUACUCAGAGCUCUUCACGCUCUACCUGCUUCUUCAUGAGAGAGAGGACGGGUUGUACAGCCAGGGCAUCACCAACCUCAGCCUGUUUCCUGACACGAAGCUGCUGGAGUUCCUGGAUGUGCAGAGGCACCUGUGGCCCUUCAAGGACCUCAGGCUGACGAGCAAUCAGAGAUAUUCUCUGGUCCGGGACAAGUGUUUCCUGUCAGCUACUGAGUGUCUGCAGAAGAUCAUCACCACAGUGGACCCUUGGGAGAAGCUGGAGGUGCUGGAGAAGACCUACGGGGAAAUCGAGGCCACGGUGUCUCGGGUGCUGGGCCGGGAAUACAAACUACCCAUGGAUGACCUACUGCCUCUGCUCAUCUACGUGGUGUCACGAGCUCGAAUUCAGCAUCUGGGGGCUGAGAUCCACCUGAUCCGUGACAUGAUGGACCCCAUCCACACAGGCGGCCUCCAUGACUUCCUGCUCACAGCUUUGGAGUCCUGUUACCAGCACAUCCAGAAGGAGGAAGUGCGGCUGCACCGUCUGCCCGGCCCCUGGGACUCGAGAGAGCUCUGGUGACGUGGCCACUCUGGACCAGUGCAGAGCCAGGGGCCCGCAUGGCUGCGGCGGACUUUCGUGGAGCAAGCACUCCCCACCGGCUCCCCAGGCUCCCCAUCGAUGGUUCUCCGAGGAGAUGGAGGUUUGCUCCCUCCAGGGACACGGCCGGCCGCUGUGACCCCACAGCUGACAGCUCUCCUUUGGCCUCUGGUCUGGGCUCGGAUAACCUUCUCUCAAAGGUAGCACCGUCUCGGGUCAGGAGCCCUAGCUUCUUUCCGCCUCAGCCCUCCUGCAGUAGCCCCCGGUCUCCGGGCUGCAUGCCUCAGGAUGGGGGAGGUGAUUUCCAACAUCCUUCCAGUCCAGUUUACCGAGCUCGGCAGCCCUUCCCCCAGAUCUGGACUCAUUCAUUUCUUCGGACUGAAAUGGAAAUCCUCAUGCGACUGUUCAUCUCAUUUCUGUCUCUCUGCUCCUGGCUAGAAGGUCCCAAGCUGCAGAAGCUCUGUUCCUUUUCCCGUGAGUGUCUGCCUGGGGACCUGUCUCCUCCUCAGCUGGGCUUCAGGCCUGAGCUGGCCUCUCAGGAGGACCCUGGGGCAGGAGACCUCAGCUCUGUGCCAAGCUGCCUUGUUGCCUCUGGCAGGCCCUGCCCUUUGCAACGGCAGGGGAUGUAAACACCAGUCAUUCACCUGGCCUCCCUGACCAGCCGACUGCAGGUGGCCCGUAAAUGACAUACCUGAGACACUUUGUGGCCUCUCUGAGGGAGGGAGGGACAGCAGGAAUAUUCGAGGCUUGCUAGUGCCCUGACAGAUGAGCGUCUCAGGCUCAGGACCAUAAGCAAGUCUGGCCACAGUGCUGGGAUCUGGGCCACUGUUUCUGGCUCCAGGUAUGCCUCCCAAUUCAGCCUGUGUGGGAAGGGCCAAGGGAGAUGCUGAGACCGGUGCACAGGCCAGGGCUGAGGACCACCUUCAGAGUGUCUCAGGAUAGUGUGGGGCACUGUAUGAAGAGAGCUUAUUAUUCUCCUGCACUGCCAUAUCCAGAGCAAGCAAAGAGAGGCCUUCCCUGGCUGGAUUCACCAAAUGUUGCAUGAACAUAGGUCCUGGGCUUGAGUUCUGUCAGGAACUUGUGUCCCCGGGAAGAUCCUUUGAAGGGUCAAACUGAUGGAGCUCUCUCUCUCUCUCACACACACACAACCCUAAGUGCCUGUGACACAGUUCAGCUGUGACAAAACCCUGCUCCCCGAUCUCCUGCUUCCAACACUGACUGAACUUGGGCCUCUGGUCCUCGUGAGUCCACAGGGUUUCCCUAGUGUCCUGGUAGGUUCCAGGGGCAGCCAAGGCUGUAGCAAACUCUUAAGACAAAUUUAACAUCUGAGAGGGACAGGACGCAGGACUGACUGAGUGUAAGUGGGUGCCAGUCAGCCGCUCACAUUUGCGGCUUCUGGAGGCUGAUGGGGCCAUCUCAGUGAUGGCCUCUCACGUAUGGAGUCUUUCAUGGGUGUUAACUGUCCAGCCUAGAAUGCGUCCCGGUUUUUGACAUGUGAGCCAUGCAAGAGGGCCGUCUUCGAAGUCCAUGGUUGCUGUCAUCAAUACCCUUACGAAAUAAUAGAAUAAUAGAAUCCGCAGGCCAGAUGGCACACCCCUCACUCCACCUCACUUCAUGGCUUCCGGAGGGAAGGCUGAAAGAUGAGACAUGAUAUGGUUAAAAUCUCUUCCCUCUCAGCCGGGCCUUCUUCAUUUCCCUCUCUGCCUUAUAAUUUUUUGUUUGUUUUUUUUGCCUACUUCUCUGGGGGAUGGCCACAAUUACAGUCUACUUAUUUAUUCAGAAUUUUUAAUAAAGCCAUUUUAUCUUUA